GGGGCGGGGCCUUCCGAUGCGGCUCUGCAGCCACGUCCCACCGUCCCCCUCUAAAGCCAUCCUGGCUUCGAGAUCUACAGGACUCCAGACAAUGUCUGAAGUGAAGAGCCGAAAGAAGCCGGGGCCCAAGGUGGCUGCUGCCCCUGAGCCUGAGAAGCCGAGUGAUGGCAGGAAAAAACCCGAGACGCGGGGGGACGCGGGCUGGGCGGACCCCCGCACCGGGCUCAGUCUGCUGUCUCUAGCGACGAGCCUGGGCCUGGCCUGGCUUGUAUUUCAACAAUCAGAAAAGUUUGCAAAGGUAGAAAACCAAUACCGGUUACUGCAAACGGAGAGCAGCGAGUUUCAAGAACUUCAGAGUAAAAUCAGUUCAAUUUCCAACAAGCUUGAGUCUACUGAAAACACGCUGCAGGAAGCUACAUCAUCCAUGCCUUUGAUGACCCAGUUUGAACAGGAAGUAUCUGGCCUCCAAAGAUCCAUACGCGACAUUGAGAAUAGUGAAGAGAUGCUCACACAAAAGAUGCAAAACCUUAAUGAGAAAUUCCAGAACAUUACAGAUUUCUGGAAGAGAACCCUGGCAGAAAUGAGUGACAACGCAGCUGUCUUCAAAUCAGAAGCGAAAAGUACACAUUCAGAAGUUACCAUGAAGAUUAACUCAGCUGAGCAAGAUAUAAAAUCACUCAGUGAACGUCUAAAAGAUUUGGAAGACAGCACACUACGAAACAUCAGAACAGUGAGCAGGCAAGAAGAGGAAGAUCUUCUACGAGUAGAGGCGCAGCUUAGCUCUGACACAAAAGCAGUUCAGAAGCUAGAAGAGGAACAGCACAUGCUCCUAGCCAGAGAUGAAGAUCUCACCGAUAAACUUUCCAGCUAUGAACCCAAAGUAGAAGAGUGCAAGGCACACUUGCCAACCAUAGAAAAUGCUGUCCACUCUGUCCUCAGGGUCUCUCAGGAUCUGAUGGGGACGGAACGGAAGGUGGAGGAACUGACGAUGCAGAUGUUCAACAUGGAGGACGACAUGCUGAGGGCAGUAUCUGAAAUCAUGGAGAUGCAGAAGACGCUGGAGGGAAUUCAGUAUGACAACAGCUUGUUAAAGAUGCAGAAUGAACUGGUUGUUCUAAAGGGGAAAGUUCAUGAUUUCAUAGCAUAUUCAAGUGCACGAGAAAAGGAGACUUUGGGAGAAUAUAACCUAGAAAAUAAGGGAUCUGAUGAUUAUUAAGUUUGCUGCACAUCUUCCGAUGGGCUGUCCUACUAAGUGGGAAUCAUUCAGGCCUACAUUUUUUCAGUUUUUCUGUUCUGCCUCAUGUUCCUGGAGAAUACAAGGAGUAUGCACCGUAUGGGAGCAUGCAUCUAAUCAAACGUUUAUCUUUUUAAGCUCUAAAACGUGCUUUAAUUAUUUUCAUAGAAAUACUUCUAAAAUAUAUAUUGCUCUACUUUUUAAGCAGUAUAUUUACAUGUCUUUCUAAUAAUUAAUAGGCAUCAUUAUGAAUUGUAUUAUUGUAUCUAUCUACUAUAGAGAUAGAGAGAUAGACAGAUAAUCUAUAGCAAAUAUUAGAACCUUUUACCAUUUCACUGUGACCCUCAUUAUCUGUUUUCUAAGCUAUGUCUGUUUCUCACAGCUUUUCUGUCACCUGCUCUUUCAGGCAGUUGGGAGCAUACCUUCCUCUCCCAGGUUUUUGGGCUUUUUUUUUUUUUUAAUUCAGACAACCAAGUUCAUAGGAAGUGUAUGUAAAAUAAAAGGUGACCUUCCUGCAGGAGAACCAGAGGGCUCUCCUGUGAGGUAAUACCACAUUAUGAAAACAGAAAAGUAUUUUCCUUUUUGCAAAGGUUCUAAACUGUGUUAUAGAUACUUAUAAGGGGUUUAGGAUGUGAGUAAAUGUGUUCUUAUUGUGUCUGCAUAAAUAGCCUUUUCUAUUAACUAGUUAUGUUUUGAAGUAUGAGUUUAUGGAGUAUCUUUGUGUACCUGAACUUUUAUUUCUAAAGUUUGAACUGUGUGUCAGUAGAGUUUACUGAAUACAAUUAAUAGAUACUUAAAAACAUGUUGAUAAGCCUGUGCCUAUUUUAAAGAAAAAACAACAUAGCACUAAUUUGUGAUAAUAAUGACAUAUUUUUGUCAUGAUUUUAAAGCUUCUCCAAAGUAUCAAACUAAAUUUGAUUCACAUAUUAACUUUUUAAAAAAAAAUAGAGCUAGAGCAAAGCAUGGUGGCGUACACCUUUAGUACCAGCACUCCAGAGGUAAAGGCAGUUGGACCUCUAAGUUCAAGAUCACCCCGGUCUACAUAGUGAGACUGCAUCUCAAGAAAAAAAAAUAGGGCUAGGAGAUAGCUUAAUAACUGAGCUUGCUGUGUAAGCACAGGGACCUGGAUUUGAUACCAGACCCUGACAUAAAAAGCUAGGUCUAGCAUCCCCUGCCCAUAAUACCAGCCCCGGAAAACAGAGACGUGAGAAAACUACUGAAUAUGUGUGUCUGUGUAUUCCUUUGCUAAGAAAUUUGUUCUAGGGCUAAGAAAUGGCUCAGUGGUUAAGAGCACGGGUUGUUCUUGCAGAGGACUUGGGUUUGAUCCCAGCACCCACAUGAUGGCUCACAACCAUCUGUAACUCAGCUUCCAGGAUAUCCAGCACAGUCUUAUGACUCCUGCUAGGUACCAGGCGUGGCAAAACAUUCAUAUGCAUAAAAUACAUAUAUUUUAAUUUCCUAUUUAGCAAAAAAUCACCAUUGUACAGAUCUAGAUAACAUUUAACGAAUUUUCCUUUCUUUCUUUUUGCUUGUUUGUUUUGAAGUUUUUUGUUUUGAUUUUGAGACAUAGUCUUGGGACAUAGCCCAGGUUAGUGUUAAGUCACCAUCUUCCUGCUUCUGCAUUUCAAGCAACAGGGAACACAGGUGUAUAAUGGCACAGGGCUUCAUAUUGUUGUGGUUUAUGGCACAUUGGCGGUAUUAUAAUACCACGAAUUUUGUAUCUCUGUAUCUCUUUUGUACCUCUGAGAUACACUUUUGUAUCUCUGUAAUUGAUAAUAAAUUUUAUAUCAGUUAGCUUA